CCGCGACACACGAGCUCAGUUUGUGCUGGUUUUGUGUUCAAGUCGGUAAAAGACCGAAUUUCAGUGUUCUUGUGCAGCAUUUUACAAAGCGUGGUUGAAACUAAACAUUUACAUUGUCAGUUUUGAGUAAUCUGAAUUAAGUGAAAUUAGAAGAUGAACGAAGAGGAACUGGUGGAGUACUUCAGGGCUCAGAUGAGGACAGACCCGGACAUGGCCUCUGCUGUGGCUGCCAUCCGCACCCUGCUGGAGUUCCUCAGGAGGGAUAAAGGUGAGACCAUCCUCGGCCUGAGGGAGAGCCUGACGUGGGCCACCGACUGCCUGAAGGGGGAGGACUCGUCUGUAGCCGUGUCCUCUGGGGGGGAGCUCUUCCUGCGUUUCAUCAGUCUCACUUCACUUGAACACCAGGACUUGUCUCGCUGUAAGAAGGUGAUGGAGGAGAGAGGAGAACUCUUCCUAGAGAAGAUCUCCAUGUCCAGGAGCAAGGUCGCCAAGCUCUGCCACACCUUCAUCAAAGAUGGCGCCAAAAUCCUGACGCACUCGUACUCCAGAGUCGUCCUGCGAGUCCUGGAGAAAGCUGCUGCGGAGAAGAAACGCUUCUCGGUGUUCGUGACCGAGUCGCAGCCGGACGCUGCCGGCCGACAGAUGGCAGGAGCCCUGAAGAAGCUGCAGGUUCCCGUCACAGUCGUCCUGGAUGCUGCUGUCGGGUACGUGUUGGAGAAGGUGGAUCUGGUUAUCGUCGGCGCUGAAGGAGUGGUGGAGAGCGGCGGCAUCAUCAACAAGAUCGGCACGUACCAGAUGGCUCUGAGCUCCACGGCCCACAACAAGCCCUUCUACGUGGUCGCAGAAAGCUUCAAGUUCGUGCGCCUGUACCCUCUGAACCAGCAGGACGUGCCAGACAAGUUCAAGUACAAAGCAGAGACCCUGAAGAGCGUGCAGAACCUGUCUGACGAGCACCCCGUCAUCGAUUACACCCCGCCCUCUCUCAUCACGCUCCUCUUCACGGACCUGGGGGUCCUCACGCCGUCGGCCGUCAGCGACGAGCUCAUCAAACUUUAUUUAUAACGGCCUCGCACACAAUAAAAGCUGCACACGUC